UCUGAGGCGUGAGGCCAGACCAUCGAAGUAACCGUUGCCGUCGUCGUCGUCGUCAUCAGUUCGCGCGUGGCUCGUUCAAAACGUGGAUGAUACGAGAUGAUACGAUGAUGAGUACGCAUGAGUUGUGCUCUUCUUAACUAGCCGGCUCGCGUUAAACGGUUUGCGGGCAAGAGUGAUAAUGGUGAUGCUUGUGAUGCGUCCGGUGAUGUGCGAAAUGUGAUAGCUCCUCGUGGUUCGGGGGAGGGUUUUCUGCCGGCGUGUAAUCCAUCCCCGUAACCGAACGAAUUGUGUCAGCGUAAAAGGCAACGUGGGGGACCUUCAAAAAGCGUGCUUGCGGCUUUGGAUGUAGGAAAUUUAAAUCUAGAACCACCGUGGAGGCUGCCGGAAGGAGAGACCACACAAAAGCAGUUCAGUGAACACGAACAUUUGCCAUCCGUCCCUUCACGCCCCCAGUGGGGCACUCCCACGAGGGUUUGUGUGAUUAAUGAGCGGAGAAAGUACAGAACCUCGCGGUAAUACUCGCGGCCGUCCUAGUGAGUAACUCUGGAGAAGCAUUUUACCUCCGAUAGUCCGUUCCAAACACCGGAAGCGACGAACGGAGGUGGUCACCCAAGAUAUGUACGACCGAUAACGGCCGGUGCUGGACGUGCUCGAUUGUGAAAGGUGGCGCCGAGUGACACACAAGGACCUGAAGGACCUGACCAUCAUUAUUAUCGGUGUGUGCGGUGUGUUUGAAUUCAGGUCAGCAAAGGAUGAGGACCUAGGGUGGCACAGGGAUACCCUAGUUAUAGCCAGUGACUGUACACUGAACCGACCGCACGCUGGCGCACUGUUGCUGUUGCUGCUGCUGCUGCUGCUGCUGCUGUUGAUUGACAAUCAUUAAAUUACGGAGUUGUCGGACACAUCGACACAACUGGUGGAGCACGUAGUAACAAGCCGGUUGCCGGUGUCGAAGGUUGGAUUUACCCCGUGGACAAGCAAACUGUUCCGCAGUCCGGUCAACCGAGCCACAGUACCGUAGCAACCAUCCAAGCAUCACCAAGGAGCUGCUGGCAGGCCUUGAUCACGUAGGCCUACUCAGAGGGAACGGCAGCGCGCGCGCCUCAUCAUGAUCAUCUUCCUCUAUCUGAUACUAGUGUUGGCCUGGGCGUUGCUGAUCAUCAUCCUGAAAUGCAAGAAAGCCCGGGCAAAGCGGUUGGCCGAGCAGGACGAGCUAGCGCACGCCGGUGGACCGGUGCACGUGGUGCAGAUCGGCUCGAACCUGUACGACAUUAUGUCGCUCCAUCGGGACAACUACAGUGGAGUGUACAGCUGUCUCGAGCACGGUACGAUCGCACAGCACCGGCAUCAGCGAGCUGCCACCACGAGCGUCACACACUCCAACUCGGCCUUCGUCGGUGACGAUGGUUCCAUCUAUCCUGGCAACGGUAUGGUGACCAUGGAACCACCGCCAUCGUACGACGAAGUGAUACGACUUCCGGCCUACUAUCCCAAGGUGGAGACGUUCGUGCCGGAAAUGGUUGUGCCACCGCCGUCGACGGCGGCGCUUUCCAGUCCUCGGGCUGGCACCGUAUCGCACCAGUACCAUCAUCACCAUCCGCACUACCAUCACUACCACCACCAGCAGUCAUCAUCGCCCGUCGUUGAGGUACCGUCAACGGCCCCGGCCAUCAUGCCCGACGACGACGACGACGUUCCGACGGUGCAAACAGGACCGAGCGUGACCGACGGUGGGCCACCGGUCGAUACAAACGGAAACCGCAUUAAGAGUGUACCGGUUGGGGUGCACCACUGCACCACAACUGCAGCUGCAGCCACUGUACAGACGCCGGCUGUGGGUUCUUAAUGGAAGGUCGUGGCGUUGUCGUGGCUGUUGCAGCAAACUGGACAAGUGCCUAGCCCCAAAAUCGAAUGCGCGCUUCGUAAACACGUUAACGCACGCUAAACGCACGCACAAACGCGCACAAACGCACUAUUACCAGCAGGUCAAUCAGUAUCAGUAUCCUUUGGGAGUGGAAAUGAAGCAUGGACUGUGUGCUGGUACCGCGCACAAUGCGGUAGCGCAAUGUGUUUAGCCAUGUAUUUAUUCCCGUAAGCCUAACGUUUGUUUACUUUCAUUUUAAGUUUACAAAGCGGCCCACACCGUGGUCCUUUGUGAAGACGAAAUAUAGAUAAAACGGAAGA